UUCCACUGCCUCGUAGAUAGAGUUUGAGAAGGCAAAGAAGAUAUGGCUGGCUUGUUCGAUCGGCAAGCAGAGGCAUACGCUAAUACAAGGCCAACAUAUCCCAGCGAAUGGUACUCGAAGAUCGCAGCUCUCACCCCUAAUCGGACCUUGGCCUGGGAUGUUGGUACUGGCAAUGGUCAGGCAGCAACUGGGAUCGCUGAGCACUAUGAACAAGUGAUUGCAACUGAUGUGAGCAAACCCCAAUUAAAUCAUGCAAUACAACAUCCAAAGGUUCGUUAUGUUCAUACCCCACUCUCAAUGUCUAAAGAUGAAUUAGCUUCAUUGGUAGGUGGUGAAGGUUCUGUUGAUCUGAUCACUGUGGCUGAAGCUGUGCAUUGGUUUGACCUCCCAAGCUUCUAUUCUCUUGUUAAUCAUGUCUUAAGAAAACCAGGUGGGGUAAUCGUUGUAUGGGGUUACAAAACCUGCACUGUAGAUCCAGAUUUUGACUCAGUCAUGGAACGCUUCAGGGAAACUACUGUUCCUUUCUUCCAUCCAAACAAUCGUUACUUAUCAGAUUUUUAUUGCACACUUCCUUUUCCAUUCGAAAGCAUUGGUGUUGGAUCAGAAGGGAAUCCAUUGAUGCUUGAUUUACCACAAGAGUUUUCAUUUGAUGGUUUAGUGAAAUGGUUGAGCACAUGGUCUGCAGUCCCUGUAGCUAAAGAACGAGGUGUUGAUUUGUUAAAUGAAGAUGUAGUUAAAGAGCUUGAGCGUGCAUGGGGUGCUUCUAAUUUGACAAGAACAGUGAUUCACAAGGCUUUCAUGAUUGCAGGAAAACCAAGGAUUUAAGCCCACUACUUGAAUGUCUCAUAGUCAGUCAUAGUUAUGCUAUCUCCAUUU